GCCUUCGGCUAACAUUGGCUGCUAAGGCGGCUAAAUACACAAGACAGAGGGAAGCAAGUACUUAACGGUAGCUAGCAGUGCCACUGCCCACUAGCUAGCUCAUCCAUGGAUAUGUGCCCGGUUGGCGGCUGCGACCGCCGGGAACCACGUCGUUUGUGCGCGGUGACCGGUGGGCGGGGAUUCAUGGCGAGUCACCUGGUGACGGCGCUGCUCGGCUCGGGAGAUUGGUCUGUGCGGAUCACCGACCUUGGCCCCCAGGCUGCCCUGUCUCCUGCCGAGAGUGAUGGACUCCUGGGCGCUGCCCUCCGCGAUGGCCGCGCCGCCUACGUCUCUGUCGACGUCUGCGAAUUAGCCCAGCUUACAAAAGCUUUGGAAGGGGUAGAUACUGUUUUCCACACUGCUGCGGCGGAUCAUACCAACAACAACUUCCAACUUCAUUACAAGGUUAAUGUCGAGGGUACGAGGAAUGUCAUCGAGGCUUGUAACACAUGCAAGGUUAAAACACUCAUAUAUACUAGUUCCAGUGGAGUUGUAUUCGAUGGAGUUCAUGGCCUCUUUGGCGUAGACGAAUCUACACCGUAUCCAGAUAAGUUUCCCGACGCAUACACAGAGACAAAGGCAGAAGCAGAAAAGAUGGUGAUAAAGUCCAACGGAAGAAAUGAGCUUGUCACUUGCUGUAUACGUCCUGGCAGCAUUUUUGGUCCUGGAGACACGAUAGUGCCAAUUUUAGUAUCUUAUGGAGGAAUGAUGAUCAUUGUUGGUGAUGGCAAGAAUUGUGAUGAUUUUGUAUAUGUUGAGAAUGUAGCGCAUGGUCAUGUAUGUGCUGAAAAAACUCUUUCUACCAUAGACGGUGCAAAGAGAAGUGGAGGCAAAGCCUAUUUUAUAACAAAUAUGGAGCCUGUAAAUAUGUGGGACUUUGUUUAUAUGAUUUUGGAAGAACUUGGAUACAAAAGCCGAUUCAGAUUAAGAAUACCUUCGUAUUUUCUCAAGCCAAUAACAUAUCUGGUAGAUUGGAGCUACCAUAAUAUAUUCUCUCACUAUGGAAUGCGUCAACCUGGCAUGCUAACUUCCGCAAGCAUUAAGUAUGCAACGCUGAAUAGAACGUUCAACUGCAACAAUGCUGCUCAACAACUUGGUUACAAACCAAUAGUGUCACUCAAGGAGGGAGUAAAGAUGACUACUGAUUUCUACAGGCGAUUAAGAGCAUGAGAUAUGCACAUUUUUAUUUUAGAAGAAAGAGGGUGCACAAUUAAGAAA